GCUUGGAGCCCCUUUGGGCCUGAACAGGAGCCUCUCCAAGACCCCCACGGCCUGGGGACACGUCCCCCCCUUCUGUUGUUCUGCAAGGCCACCGAGCUGGAACCAGGCAGGGACUCAGCGGCGGGAAGCUGUACCCGCCGCGGGGCGGUGAUCGCCGGAGCCGAGCGGAAGCGUCUCGCCCCGGCCACGAUCGCAAACGGAGGUGGGCAGCUCGGAGCACCCGGGAAAGCAGGUCCCUGGAGACCCUUGGAGAUGCCUUUCUGGAAACUGCAAGCAGCCAGCUGGCCCGGCCUGAGCCUCCCCCGAGGUGUGGACUCCUGCGUUGGAUGCGGGAUCGCUGGGUUUUCCAGCCAGGAAGGAACCCGCGUGGGACAGCCAGGUGCCACGCCCGGUAGCCAUAAGCCGAGACGGCCUAUAAACUGGGGGCCUGCGCUCUCCAUGUAUGCACGAGCCAGACGGACCGACGGACAAUCUUCCAAAGCCUCACCCGCUAGGCCUGCCAGACAGUUGUGCCACUUCGAGUCUCCAGCAAACCUCCGGCGGCGAUGGCCAGCCAGAUUAUCAGAGCCCUUUCAGAGAGCGCACAACAAAUGCGCCCGCCAUCGAAUGCAGCAUUUACCACCGCAGAUCCGCGCGCUGAUGGGCAGCCAGAUAGCCAUCCGCGGGGGGCACCGUGGAGAGCCCUGCGCCCAGCGCGCCUCCAGCCUGCGCUCAGGGGCCACCCGAGUGUGCGCUCUCUCCGGGGGAGAGACUGUAGCCGGGCAGCCUUUGGAAGGCCAGCGACGGAGUGGACGCUCAGCACACGGGGGAGACGUGGGUAUGCGUGUGCCAGGGUGUCAGACAUGUGUCCUGCAAGGAAGCGCACGUGUCCCAACCUUGGUGGCCCCGAGGAGCGCCUGGAGAUGGCCUUGGAAAGACGCGCGUGGCGACGGGCCUGGCACGCACGGGUGACUCAUGAAGCUGGGGUCUUUGGGCAAGCCAGCUCCUGUCUGGAAUUUGCAGCUUUUCCAUCCAUCCUUUCAGCAAACACUUAUGGAGCACCUACUGUAUGCCAUACUGACCCUGGGCCGCCCCCCCCCCCAAAAAAAAAUGAUUGUGCAAGCUUGCGUUGGCAUGCCUCAAUGCAUGUCACCCCUUCCGGGAUGCUUUGGAGGGGGGACACACACCAGAAAGGGGCGUGGCAGCCGCGAGGGAGCGUGGGGUGCGCGCUUGGUGCGUUUUGGGGGGGCUUGCAAGCUGCAGAGCAUGCGCAUCUGUGGGAGGUGAAUGCACGUGUCAGCGUGUGGCUGGGGUGUGCACCCGGGAAGAUGCGUCCUGAAAAAUGCCUCUUUCAGCCCAGGUGUGCCCAGGUGCACAGCAAGAGGGCGAGAGGACAGGCCUGACCGGGUGCUUGCGAGUGUAGACUCCUACAGGGACAGAGAGAGGCGUGCGCGGGGAUGGGGGUGAGGGGGGACAGUGGGAUGUGCCAUGUUGGUGGCAGAAACUGGCUACGGAGCGAAGAGGAGCGAGUCCAGGAGUUUGGGGACACUUAUGGACACUUAUGGAGCACCUACUGUAUACCAUACUGACCCAGGGGUCCUGGUCCCCACAGCCUCUCGGCUGUAAACCCUGAAGCUGGGGCAAGAGAGCCCCCGAGCCUGGCUGCCUGAGGUCCCUGCGCCGUGAGUGACACGCGCCGCCGACAAAGGCUGUAUUUUUCCAGCCCUGCGCCCCGCCCGUGCGCGCGCGAUGGUCCCCAUGGCGACGCAGAUAGCGCCUCAGCCAUUUUCCCUAUCUCCCCCGAGUCUAUUAUACGGCGGGAUUAGCUCAUCUCCAGGCAGGUCAAACCCAAAGUCACCCAACCUGCAGCGCCGACCCCGCCCCCCAGGGUCCCUCCCCCUUCUCGGGUCGCGUCUGCGCUUGGAGACCCCCGGGCCGCGGCCCAUGAGCGAGCGCACAGCGCCACCUGGCGUCCCCAGUGGACUCCGCGCGAGCCAUCUGCACCCGAAGGAGACCAGGGGGAGGGGGUCCCUUGGUCCAGAAGCAGGAACUUUUUGUUUUGGGCCCCUGGGUCAGUAUGGUAUACAGUAGGUGCUCCAUAAGUGCUUGUUGAAAGGUUGCAUGGAAAGACCAGAAAUUCUAGACAGGAACUGACCAGCUUCAUGGGUCACCAAAAACCCAUUUCUGAAAAGGCACCCAGUUGACUUUAGAAUAAAAGCCAAACUCCUUUGGAAACCUACAGAAGAACUUGGUGACAUCCCGGGUGGGUCCCCCAUUUCCUUCUUCCGUCUCUCAGGGACUGUGUGUGGCCUUCCUUCUGUUCAGAUUGGACCCAGGACCACUCCACCCCUGAGCCCCGUCCCCAGCCCCUUUUUCUAUUUUAUUUAGAGACAGGGUCUCGCUGAGUCGCUGAGGGCCUCGCGCUAAGUGGCUGAGGCUGGCCUCCAACUUUCGAUCCUCCUGCCUCAGCCUCCCCAGCCGCUGGGAGCUUUGGGAAUAAGGAGAUGGCCUCCAGAGGAGGCUCUGUGGGUGCCGCUGAUUCUCUUCUCCUUUCUUGAUUUGCAGGAAUCACUCAGCGAGGGCCACCCUCCCACAGAUCUGCUCCAACCCACAGCCCAGAAGGCCGUGGGGUUGAGGGUGACUGAGUCACCAAGGUCCCUCGAGCUGGGGUGGAGGGGAGUUGGAAACACUUCUUGCCUGGGUCUCUGGGAGCCUUGGCCUCCCUGAGGAGACCUGUGCUGCUGGGUGAGACUUCACUCAUAAUACAAGAUAAUUAGACCAGAGGUGUCAGGAGGCGGCGGUGAUUAAUGACAGGGCACGGGACUCAGACAGUGAGAGAUCUCAAGCCGGGGACACACGGCCUGCCCGUCUCUGCUCUGGAAGGCGCUCAGUGGGCACCAGGCCAAGCUUGGAAGAGGACCUUGGCCCAAAGCUCUGAGCCUUGGCUCCAGACUUCCUCAGAAAUGCUCAAAUUUCUUCUCAGAAGAAGAGCCGGGGGUCCAGGAGCCCACUUUCCCUGCCCACCCCCCAACAUACACACACACACACCCCUCCCAGUCAGACGGGCUGAGUCAAGCCACUUUCCCACCCUGAGCCUCAGCUUCUGCCCCCCUGCACACACCUCUCUCCAGGAUUGUUGUGGACGUCAUGUAUGAGCACGUGUUUUUCAAAAGACUUUCCAAAUUCGAGCUUUGCAAAUUGGCAGCCCAGAGUCUCAGGGGUGUGACCAGAGACUGAUCUUUGCCAGCGUUUUGAAGUGGGAGAUUUCCCAUAAAAAGAUUCAUGGCUGCCGGGCGUGGUGGUGCCUGCUUGCAAUCCCAGCAGCUCAGGAGGCUGAGGCGGGAGGAUCGCAAGGUGGAG